GUGCUGCGGCCCCACCAGCGCCGGUCCUGGCCCGCAUGGCAGACUACGGAAUCGAAGUUAGCCAUGUCUAUGGGCUCACAGAGGGCUACGGAACAGGUGUCAUGUGUGAGUGGAAGGAGGAGUGGAACUCCAAGACCAUGGAAGAGAAGGCUGGCUUUCUGGCGCGGCAGGGGGUGCGCUGCCUGGAGCUGGAGUAUCUGGAUGUGAUCGACCCGGAGACUCGGAAGCCUGUUCCCAGAGAUGGGCAGACGAUCCUUGCCGGUUACCGGAUCGGCGAGAUCGUCAUGAGUGGCAACACCAUCAUGAAAGGAUACUUCAAGAACCCGGAGGCCACCGCCAAGGAAUUCAAGGGAGGUGUCUUCAACACCGGCGACCUAGGCGUCGUCUAUCCUGACGGCUACAUCCAGCUGAAGGAUAGGUCCAAGGACCUCGAUUCUGCGGUUGUUGUGCAUGUUCGCAGGGGCUUGCUGAUGUUGCAGAUGGAGAGGUUGAAUAGAUGUUUGCAAAGUCCUUGUGGGGUUUUCCAAGCGUUUGCAAGCUUCCGGAGAAUGAUUGCAGGCACAAGUGCCGACUAUGAAGGAUUGCAGGGUUCGGGCAUGCAGACAGUGCUACAGGGGUGCCGGGGUGUACGAGCUUGUUGCGUCGCCCGGAUCCACACGCCGGGUGUACCCGACCUUCUCCGUCACAUGUCCCUGUUACGUAGGGCAGCAGUGGAAGCUGUUCUGAGGCAGUUGUUAUGGCCCGAGGCCCUCCUGUAA